AUGGCUUCGGUGGCGGCGUGGCUGCCGUUCGCGAGAGCCGCCGCAAUCGGGUGGGUUCCCAUCUCGAGACAGCCCAUGCCACAGGCCCCAGUUGCAAUACAGGCCAAAGAUCUCGCCGUGGAUCAUGUAUCCGAUGAGAAACUGGCGAUCAACAUAUCCGGAAGACGGUUUGAAACGUGGAAGAACACAUUGGAAAAGUUUCCGGAAACACUUUUGGGAUCAAACGAGAAAGAGUUCUUCUAUGAUGAAGACACCGGAGAGUACUUCUUUGAUCGUGAUCCAGACAUCUUUAGGCACAUUCUGACGUUUUAUCGAACGGGAAAGCUACAUUACCCUCGCCACGAAUGUCUUGUUGCCUACGACGAGGAGCUGAGUUUCUUUGGAAUCAUGCCAGAUCUGAUAUCAGAUUGUUGCUAUGAAGACUACAAAGAUAAGAAACGAGAAAACCAGGAGAGGUUAAUGGAAGAACGAGUGGAAACAGCAGAAGCCAACACAGCAAAACUAUCCCUCCAACAAAAAAUGUGGGCAGCAUUCGAGAAUCCUCACACCUCAUCAAUAGCACUUGUAUUUUAUUAUGUCACCGGAUUUUUUAUUGCCGUCUCGGUGCUUUGUAAUAUAGUAGAAACCAUUCCAUGCUGGUAUCAAGAUAAUAUGGCGGUUACUUGUGGAGAAGCCUACGAAGAACAAUUCUUCGUCGUUGAUACGGCUUGUGUGAUCAUUUUUACGAUUGAGUACUUUUUACGGUUGUUUGCUGCUCCUGAUCGAUGUAAAUUCAUGAGAUCAAUAAUGAGUGUGAUCGAUGUCAUUGCGAUCAUGCCAUACUACGUCAGUUUAGGACUCACUGACAACAAGGAUGUAUCCGGAUUGUUUGUGACGUUGAGAGUUUUUCGUGUCUUCCGAAUAUUCAAAUUCUCUCGUCACUCACAAGGUCUUCGAAUUCUGGGAUACACUUUGAAGUCGUGUGCCAGUGAACUGGGAUUCCUGGUUUUCUCCUUGGCAAUGGCGAUUAUCAUAUUUGCAACAAUCAUGUAUUAUGCAGAGAAGAAAGUCGAAGCUACACGGUUCACAUCAAUUCCAUCAGCUUUCUGGUACACUAUUGUUACGCUUACAACACUGGGUUACGGAGAUAUGGUGCCUUCAACGAUAAUGGGUAAAAUAGUGGGAGGAAUCUGUUCACUUUCCGGAGUGUUGGUAAUCGCUCUACCGGUUCCCGUUAUCGUUAGCAACUUCUCACGAAUUUAUCAUCAGAAUCAACGAGCUGAUAAGCGACGGGCACAGAAGGUAUGGAAGCAGAGAAGAGAGUGUUUGGAAAAAAGUCAUUUACAGAAAGCUCGUCUCGCCAGAAUUCGAAUCGUCAAAAACGCCUCGGGACAGGCGCUCUUCAACAAGAAGAAAGCUCAUGAAGCGAGAAUGCAAGCGUUCGAGCAGGGCCAACUCUCAUUCGAUGCUCUUCGUGACGAGGAUAUCUUUGAAAUUCAACAUCACCACCUGCUACAAUGUCUUGAGAAGGCAACAGAACGAGAAUUCGUAGAAUCAGAAGUGAUGUUCGAAGGAGGAAGGAAUACACCGCCACCCAGUGAAACAGCUUCAUUAAGAGGAACGACAAAACGUAAACGACGAUUAUGCUGUGUCUCAAAAGAAAACGAGGAAAUGGACGAGUUGGAUCGAGAGACACGAGUGACGUUCAAUCAAAAUUUGAAUCAGAUCUGUGAACUACCAAAGCCUGAAGACGUGGAACAAAAUCAAAAUGAUCAUCGAAAUAACGACAAAAUUUGUGUCUCUCAAUUAUAA